AUGUUAGAUGACAUAGUCCUGCCAGAUUCAACAGUUCAAGCGCAGUUAGAACUGUUUUGGGACAUUGUUUCUAAUGAGUGUCAAGAAGGUAGGAAAUACUUAAUUUGGCUAGAUUUGGAAUCCUCAAAAUUCUUUGAGUUUCAUUCCAAUGAUGAAGAACAAAGACUGGACAUUGUCAUCUACAAGAAACCGAUGAUGAAACUGUUUCCCACCCUUCUAACAGUCCAAAAUCAAUUGAUUGCAGACAAUUGGGACUGGAAAACCAUUAGUCGCACAGAUGCUCAGCAAACUGACAAGCUUUACAAAAUAUUCCUGGCAAUUGUACCAAUCCUUUUCAUCAAUAAUGAAAGCCAUACUUUAGUACUCAUUCUAGAGUCAAUGGUGGAACUACUGAGUAUACCUAAUAACAAAGUUCUCAGGCUUCUACAAUGCCUUCUUACUUGCUCCAGGAACAACAUAAAUAAGUCUUCAAGUUACUGGACUUUCCUUAGAAAAUUGUACUCCACAAACUCAUUUCAGCAGAGUAUCUUCAUUGACACUCUGAUCGCUUCAGCAACUAUACAUAGAAAAAGUUACUAUUGCUGGAACUUUGCAAGCUUUUUUGCGACUAUUGAGUUUGCCAGAGGAGCUGAUUUGACGCCCGUUUACUCUCAAGUGAAACAGUUUUGCAUGAGAAAUCUAGAUUACGGAGCUUGGAAAGUACUCUGCGAAAUAAUAAUCAUUAUGGUGUCUGCCAACACAAAUCAAUAUUGGCUGAAAGAAUUUGAAAGAUGGAAUGAUAAUAAUAAUAAUAACAAAUUACGUACCCCCAACAAUUCAGGACGAUUGCAUCAAAAGACUAUGAAUUGGGCAGAACAAGAACUUUUCAUGCUCUCCAAUUACAUCAAAAGUUCCCAAACUGAAUCGCUAAUCCCUCUUACAAUCAUAAAGUGGGUCUAUGACAAAUUAGAACUUUGA